AUUGUCCUCUGUGAAUGCAGAAAUGUCCAUAAAGUGUCCGUUGUGGCAGUUUUUUGUUGUCUUUCUGUUUUGUGAUUAUCCUGCCCUAAAAUGUCCCAGAAAUCCGUACCCGUCCGGAAGUCUCUUUUAAGGAACACCCAGCAACCACUUAAAGAAUUAAAUCCUCAAAUAAAUCACCGUUUGGGCGAUGAAAAGGAUGCAGAAAAACCCGCCAAACCCAAACUUCGCUUCACUACCGGAAUGUGUCCGGGAGCGGGUCAAUCAUCAUCCGGGAGUACAAAUAAGUUCAGGAAACCCGAGUUAUUCACCACCCUGAAGAUACGGCAGAGAAUGGAUGCUCUUAUGAAGGCGAAAGAUGAGAAAAUGCCUGUGAAUCCUGACGUUUUGUCUACUGCCAAGGGAGCGAUCUCGAAGAAGCUCAAUUUCAAUCUCCAUGAGAAAGUCUUUAAGAAUCUCGUGCCAGUUAAUGUGAAUGACUCCGUCAUGGCGAAAGAAGAGAGAUCUUCCCGGAAGAAGCACUCUAGGAACACUCAGAGGGAUCCUGCACCCAAAUUGGAAGACUUUCUUAAACCCAUUGAGCCUCAUAGUUAUCCCCUACCUGUCCUUGCCAUGGACGAUAUCAAGCCGGUCAAGAGGGACCUGCAGCAGGAGAAUUCUCAGCUCUACCGGGAGCACCUGAAAAGACUGAAUCACUUUGGCAUCCUAGACAUGGAUUAAUCCCCAUCAUCUCGAUCUCAAAUCUCAUUGCCUUUGUACAAUUUUAAUAAAUAAAUUAUAUUCAAUUAUUUUA